UCUUGCAGUGAUAACUCCACUCCCGCAGUGUACGUGUGUUUGUUUGCCUCCGCCGCCCCCCAGUACACCCAGUAUACCUCUACCGCCCUCCAGUAUCCCUCUACCGCCCUCCAGUACACCUACUGUCCUCCCAGCGCCGCUCGUAUUCCUCCAGUACUACUUUUAUCCCUCUUUGCCCCCCUGGUACUGGUAAUUUCUCCAGUGACACUGGUAUCCGCACGUUUACCUACAGUACUGCUGGUGACUCCUCUCUACCCUGCAGCACCACUCUUGUUUCUCCUCUGUUGUGUAGUAUAUUACUUCACAACCACCUGACUGUCAUGGCCUCUUCCAAUGAUGGAGUAAUGUGUCGGCUGUGACGACAGCGUGAACGUCUCGCCAUCUGUUAAACCACCUGUCACAUUAAGCCAUCUGUCUCCAUGCUUGAGCCUCAGCUCCCUGUCACCAUGACAGGUUUUCAGCCAACUGUCACCACAACUAAUUCUCAACCACCUGUCACCCCAGCUGGGUCUCAGCCACCUGUCACCACAGCUGGGUCUCAGCCACCUGUCACCCCAGCUGGGUCUCAGCCACCUGUCACCCCAGCUGGGUCUCAGCCACCUGUCACCCCAGCUGGUUCUCAGCCACCUGUCACCCCAGCCGGUUCAAAGGUAGGCGUGAUGCUUCAACUUUCUGUAGCUUUCAAGCACCAAGACCGGUGCUUGUUCCGUCUUCAGAAGAUGGUCCGUCGGACGGCCCGCGACGUGCUGCACCAGGUGUACGAGUGGGGCACCCAGGGCCUCACCAUCACUCUCCCCUUGCACCAGUACCUUCAAAAAAAUGGAAAUUUUCAGAGAAGAAAAAUCUCUCAGAUCUUCAACAAGGCGCAGAUGGACACCCUGGCGGCUGAUCCCACCGGGGCCACCUACGACAUCUCGCUCAUGUAUAAAUGUAUCCAGACGGUGUGUGAGGGCAUGUGUCCUGUUAACGACCCAAUCUGGUGGACUCCAGGACACACCCUCGAGUUCAGUAUAACCUCCAUUAAAAAUUUUCGCAAUAUUGUUAUGCACAGGGAGAUAUCACCGACUCAAACAGAGUUUAUCAACAUGACGGAGGAGCUGCGGGAGCUGUUGAAAGGCGUUCUGGAAGCAGCUGGGACAAAGUACAACAUUGAUGGCGAUAUCGUAGCUCAGUGUAUCCGUAUGAUGGACCACAGCAUCAGCAUAUUGAGGGACGAUCCUUUUCAACACUGGAACAUCACAAGUGUUGAGAACGAGCUCUUGUUUAAGGAAGGUUUAGAGCUUUUGAUGUCAGUUGGUAUACAAGAGUUGAAGGAGAACUAUACCAAAUGGUCCUACAUCAACCCAAUGUCAUUCCUGGAUGGAACUGAACUGCAUCUCCAAGUAGGUGCUAUUUUCACUCAAAUGGAAAUAGUUCUUAAUAGACGGUGUCUUAAAAGUCAACAGAUCAGUAACAAAGAUUUACUGCAGUUUGUGGGUGAUGGUACGACCAGUAACAUCACUCUGGUGGAAGGUGUCGCAGGGGCAGGUAAAACUACCCUUACUAAAAUUAUCAUGUCUAACUGGAUCACUGGCAGCAGUUUUAUAGACGAUCUUACAAGUUUCGACUUGGUAAUAUAUAUGGAAUGUAGAAAUCCAGUUAUUCAAUCUCUGUCGCAAUUGUUGUCAACUUUAAUGCCAAAAACGUCUCGGAGAUUCCGAGAGAACGAUUUAUUGAAGAGUGUCUUGCAGUAUAAAGUACUUGUUGUUGUUGAUGGUCUUGAUGAAUUAAACGUCUCCUCCACGAAGCUCCUCAAGGAGGUACUGAACAUAAAGUUAUCAUAUGAUAUUGCUGUAUUCUGCACCACAAGGCCAGAGAAAGUAAAGGAUUUCUUCAAAAUGCUUCCUCCUGUUCUCAAAAUAUCCUACCUAAAAAUUAUUGGCAUACCAGACAGCAUGAGGGAGAUGUUUGUCGAAAUAUAUCAUAAGGAAAUGAAGAAAAUGAGCAUGAGUACUCAGGAGACUGAUGGACUCAUCAAGUAUCUGAGAAAGACUCAAAAUCAGCUGCAAGAACAUCUCCGACUUCCUCUGAACCUUGUACUGCUGACCUUCUUGUGGGCCGUCGGGGGAGACAAAGUAAACAUGGUGACAACAGCCACAGAACUGUACUGGGAAAUUCAUGAACUAAUGAUUGAAAAGCUGCUGGAGCGGUUAAAGUCGCAACACUUGACUGAACUCUUGGACACCUCGGAACUCAGGAGUAAGAUUCAUGAAUUUUUGUCUUCGUUAUACCAUGAGUCGUUAUUAAGCAUUAAGAAUGAGAACAUUGUCCUGGCAGACGAGUCAACAAAGAAACUUGAGGACAUUUGCUCUAACACUGGUUUGCCACCCAAAGAAGUUAUGGGCGCUUACUUGGCUCAGAAAACCUUGUGGACUGUGUCAGGAAUUCAGAUGAGACAUAUUAUACCUCACAAGGGCCUCCAGGACUUUUAUAGUGCCAUGUACUUACUUCAGAGUUGCACCAAAAAACUUGAGGUUUCAAGUAUUGCUGAAAAAAUAAUUCAAACAGUCAUUGCCCCGUUCAGAACUAACACCAUCACCAAAAUUCUGGAAAAAAUGCACGAAAUGAACUCGAGUCCUCUGCCCCUUGAGAAGUACCAGAAUGUUUUGAUUCAUCUAACUGGACUCUUUCACAAAAGAGAAAAUAUGACCAUGAAUAUAAGCAAAGAGUUAGUUAAACUGCUGAGGGAGUCUGGCAUAAGAGACAGGGACGAGUGGCUGGACUUGCUAGCCAGCGUCAAGUGUAACACCAAGAUGGUCAACCUUCUGGUGAAGCAGAUCCCAGAGUUCCUCAUAGUGAACGGCAGGGUGGAUGUUGAGGACUCCAGAGUGGACUGUUACGCCAACCUUCUCCCUCUCCUAACCCCCAAGGAAGUGGUGGUGAAGAUCAGGAGGAAACCCCAAGACAUUCCCCGUCUGGAGGAGCUGCUGGUGCAGAUGAGCCUGCUAGUGGAGACGUGUCAGUACCAGGUGGAGCUGCACCUCGAGCACCUCUUCCGUCACCCCGCUUGUCUCGACCUCUCCCUCGACACUGUUCUCCAGCGAGUCCUACAAAGGUGCAGCGUGAGGGAGUACCGCGGGGGCGUGAGCCAGAGGGUGUGUGAAGCCCUGCCCCCGACCCUGCAGGAGGUGGGCGUGGCCCUCGCCACCACCGACCACGCCCACCUCCUCCACCGCGCCUUCAACACCUCCACCCUCUCUCGCCGCUUCCCUCUUCUCAACAAACUCUGUGUGCAGGUGGGGCAGCAGGUGGAGGCGACAGUGUUGGUGCCCCUGCCACCACUGAGGUACCUGGAGGUGCACGUCAGCCACGUCACCGUGGACCACGUCUCCUGGCUGGUCCAGGUGGUCCGAGGCCUCCAGCCCACGUCCCGAGGGUACAGCUGCGUGAGGCUGGCUAGCAGUGACCUGAGGGUGGAGAGCUGUCAGCUGUUGAUCCAGCAGCUGAAGGAGGCCGGUGUGACGGUGUGGGGAGGCUUCUACAUCGCCUCCACCAACAUCCACCAGGUGGACGAGGCGGCGCUCAUAGACUUCACUGACAACAUGCUGGGAUGUGUCUUCUGGAGGAUGAACGAUGACAACAUCUGGGUGCACUAGCAGCGACCCGUCUCAUCACCCUCCUGCUGGGGGUCAGGAGCCACCAGUUGUUCGUCGUGUGAGGUUGUUCGUCGUGUGGGGUUGUUCGUUGUGUGAGGUUGGUCGUCGUGUGAGGUUCGUCGUCGUGUGAGGUUGGUCGUCGUGUGAGGUUGGUCGUCGUGUGAGGUUGGUCGUCGUGUGAGGUUGGUCGUCGUGUGAGGUUGGUCGUCGUGUGAGGUUGGUCGUCGUGUGAGGUUGGUCGCCGUGUGAGGUUGUUCGUCGUGUGAGGUUGUCUCUCUCAUCAUAGAUGAUGUCCGUUGCUCAGUCUACUGCCAAGGACUCAUUAAUAUUCACACUAUACGACAUCCUCUGCGCCAUGCUGGCUGCCGAAGACAUUACUGAUUCCCAUGCAAGAUUUUGAAACAGAUACGGGUUGAGCCGCAAGUGAAUAAUGAGACGAAGAAGUGUUAAAAUUGAUAGUAACGUUAGACUAAAUAGAAAGAUUAAAUGAUAAGGUUGAGGGGGAGUGGAGAGGCAGGUAUGGACACGAGGCAGCAACUGGCACCUGUACAGGAACAAGAUGGCCGACGGAGGUGGAGAUGACGAUGGUGGAGACGACGAAGGCGGAGACGAUGGAGGACGAUGAGGUGCGGUGUGGUCCGAUUAUAUAAGCAAUCGAUUACCGAUUAAUCUAGAGCCAUCAGGCGUGCUGUCUACAAAUACUAACAGCAUAACCACCAACGCUCCUGAAAUAGCUUCUACCACCAAUCCACGACACCUGAGUCUACCUCAGGCUGCGAGACGAAAGACGAAAACACCAACUACAGAGGUUACAGACUCCUCAGAUGAGGAAAUCUUAGUAGGAACUCCACCGCCGCAUCACAAAUACGACACCUAUUCGGCACAAGACCUCCUCAUGGAGGCCACCUCACCAAACUCCAACGACAGCACGGCUCAGCCAAAGUCAAAAAACGUUAGACCUAGAGGUCUACACUAACCCCAUCAGCUCCAUAACUGAUGGGGUUAUGGAGCCAGCCCUCCAUGACUGAAAACCACCAUGAAGACUCCCAUCCAUCCCCAGAUCUCUAGUAUCAGCUAUUGAUACAGAUAAUGGCUCCAAAGAGCCUCCACUUACAGGCUCACCAUAGCCCGUGCUACUUGGAACUUUUUGUUCU